AUGCGGCUUUCCUUACACUACAAGAUCCCUCUCUUCCCGAGAGUGAUGAGAGGGAUCAUCCAAUUGUUCACAGCUGGUGGCAUGUUUAAAGAAGCGAUAAGAACACUCAAAGACUUUUCAAGCGAUAAGAUUGACGAGUUCAUGAUCACGUCCAUCUUCGACGGAUGUGUUAAGCAUCGUGACAUCUCUUCUGCAGCUUCUUUGAUCAAAGUUCUUGAGGAGAAAGGAGUCCAAUACCGUCUCAACAUAGUUUUCAAGUGGGAUCUUGAUAAAAUGGGGAUGUCGAAGAAGUUUGGCAAGAAUUGUUGA